AAGAAGAAAGUUUAGACUAUCUUUGAAAGUGUCGUGCUGUUAGUGUUUCAUCUGAGAAUCUCGUGAUUUAUAUAAUUCGUAACAUUAAAAGCAAAAGCGGUUGUGAGUUAACAAAAAAUUUUCUAAACGUAGUGUUAACAAAAGUCAAUCUUUACAUUUGCUACCAAUUUCUGUGCUGAUUUAAAAUGGACGAAGACCGCUAUUCAAGUGAGGAGGAUCAACCCGAGGAGAAGCCUAGUACUUCUCAAGGUCAAGCCAAGCGUAUUGAAAUUCGUAAGUUGAUGCCAGUAGCUGGGUGGUCCUAUGAAUUGGAAUUAGAUAUCUGUGCAAUAUGCCGCAAUGAAAACACAGAGCGUUGUAUUCAAUGCCAAGCGGCUCGGAGUGAGGAGGAGUGUGCUACAAUACAAGGCAACUGUAAACAUAUAUUUCACAAGCAUUGUAUUGCACGUUGGUUGGAACAUAGAAAUGUUUGUCCAUUAGAUAAUCAGGACUGGACAUAUGCUUCUGAUGCACCCCCCUGUUGAUUUCUAUCUUUAUUUUUCUGUGGCGUUUUUCACGAACAACAAUUCUUAAGAUUUACUACAUGCAUUCAUUUAUCACAACAUCUUAAAUUUUAAAAUGUCUUUAUUUACAAUACACACUAUUAUUUUAAAUAAACGGAACAUUUGAGAUAUUGUUCUACUCAGCGAUAA